AUGGUCAACAUCCCGAAAACCCGCCGCACAUACUGCAAGGGCAAGGAUUGCAAGAAGCACACCCAGCACAAGGUCACCCAGUACAAGGCUGGAAAGGCUUCCCUCUUCGCCCAGGGUAAGCGUCGUUACGACCGGAAGCAAAGCGGUUACGGUGGUCAGACCAAGCCCGUCUUCCACAAGAAGGCCAAGACUACCAAGAAGGUCGUGCUCCGAUUGGAGUGCACUCAGUGCAAGACAAAGGCCCAGUUGGCUCUGAAGCGAUGCAAGCACUUCGAGUUGGGUGGUGACAAGAAGACCAAGGGUGCCGCCCUCGUGUUCUAG